UUCUCUUUCUGGGGAAGUUGAUAAACGCUGCCAACUGCUGAUGUGGUGAAACGUGUGCAAGUACUUAAUUUUUCCAUGAGUUGAAGUACACAUUCCUUGAAGUGCAAUUAUUGGUGCCGCGAGCUAUCGUCACCUUAUAGCACAAUGGGGCUACUUGUCAAGUCUCGUGCUUUUCGUAUGUCCACGGAUAAGCAGGAGACAUUGUUGAAGCUGAGUAUUUUAUCUCUAGCAGCCAUUCUAUCAUUUGCAACUAGAUUGUUCUCAGUAUUGAGGUUUGAAAGUGUCAUACAUGAGUUUGAUCCAUAUUUCAACUACAGAACAACAAAAUAUUUAGCUGAGGAAGGCUUUUACAAGUUUCACAAUUGGUUUGAUGAUCGAGCAUGGUAUCCUCUGGGGAGGAUAAUUGGAGGAACCAUAUAUCCUGGACUGAUGGUGACUUCCGCUGUCCUGUACCACUUAGCUCAGCUAAUAAAUGUCACCAUUGACAUAAGGAAUGUUUGUGUGUUUCUUGCACCAUUCUUCUCAAGUCUUACUACAAUAGUCACUUACCUGCUUACAAAGGAACUUAGGGAUUCUGCGUCUGGAUUGGUGGCUGCAGCCAUGAUUUCUAUUGUACCUGGCUAUAUCUCAAGGUCUGUUGCUGGAUCAUAUGAUAAUGAAGGCAUUGCCAUUUUCUGUAUGCUGUUGACGUACUACAUGUGGAUUAAAGCUGUAAAAACUGGAACAAUACUGUGGGCAACAUUAACGGCGUUAGCUUACUUUUACAUGGUGUCAUCUUGGGGUGGUUAUGUGUUCCUCAUCAAUCUUAUACCACUCCAUGUCCUUACUCUGAUGGCCACGGGACGCUUUUCUCAUAGGAUCUAUGUGGCCUACAGCACACUUUACUGUGUGGGCACAAUACUGUCAAUGCAGAUCAGUUUUGUUGGUUUCCAGCCAGUGCAGAGUUCAGAACAUAUGUUGGCUUUAGGUGUGUUUGGGCUGUGUCAGCUACAUAGUUUUGUGGACUACCUUCGCAGUCGCAUGUCUAAAGAAGACUUUGAGACACUUUUUAAGGCUAUGGUUGUGACCACUGUAGGAAUCAGUGCUGUUGUUGGUGGAGCACUUACACUUACAGGAAAGAUUUCUCCAUGGACUGGACGUUUCUAUUCACUCCUUGAUCCUUCAUAUGCGAAGAACCACAUACCCAUAAUUGCGUCAGUAUCUGAGCACCAGCCGACCUCUUGGUCCUCAUUCUAUUUUGAUCUGCAAAUAUUGGUGUUCUUGUUUCCUGCUGGACUUUAUUUCUGUUUCUCCAAACUUUCUGAUGCUAACAUCUUUCUGGUGCUCUAUGGUGUCACUAGUAUUUACUUUGCGGGUGUUAUGGUUCGUCUAAUGCUGGUUCUUGCACCUGUGAUGUGCAUACUCUCUGGUAUAGCUGUCUCUGCCAUGCUAACGACAUACAUGAAGCAGAUAGAUGCCUCUAAGAAUGUGGAUAAGAAAAGCAAAAAAUUUGAAAGCAACUAUGUCAUGAAGAGUGAGAUCGCCACUGUUUUCGUUUGUGUGAUGUCAUUUCUACUUGUGUCCUAUACAUUUCACUGUACAUGGGUGACAUCUGAGGCAUAUAGCAGCCCAAGUAUUGUGUUGUCAGCACGAUCACAUGAUGGCUCUCGCAUAAUAUUUGAUGACUUCAGAGAGGCAUACUAUUGGUUGAGGAUGAAUACUCCAGAGGAUGCACGAGUUAUGUCCUGGUGGGAUUAUGGAUAUCAGAUUACGGCAAUGGCUAACAGAACAAUUUUAGUAGAUAACAAUACAUGGAACAAUACACACAUUUCAAGAGUUGGUCAAGCCAUGGCCUCAUCGGAAGAUAAGGCAUAUGAAAUUAUGAGGGAAUUGGAUGUGGAUUAUGUUUUAGUUAUAUUUGGAGGACUCACUGGAUACUCUUCAGACGAUAUAAAUAAAUUUCUGUGGAUGGUUCGUAUUGGUGGCAGUACAGAUCGUGGCAGUCACAUUAAAGAAUGGGAUUAUUAUUCACCUGCAGGAGAGUUCAGAGUUGACAAAGAAGGCUCACCCACUCUGCUUAAUUGCCUCAUGUACAAGAUGUGUUAUUACCGCUUUGGACAAGUUUACACAGAAGGAGGAAAGCCACCUGGAUAUGACCGAGUAAGAAGUGCAGAAAUUGGCAACAAAGACUUUGAACUAGAUGUUUUAGAAGAAGCCUACACAACAGAGCAUUGGCUAGUGCGAAUAUAUAAAGUGAAAGACUUGCGUAACAGAGGAGUGUAAAUAGGUCAACUAUGAACUGUAAUUUGUGCCAAUUACUGAUAACAUAAUCUUCAGAAAUACACCUGUACUUCCUCAGGCCUGAUUUCCUGUCACAAAGAGACUGCCACGGACGAGUACAAAUUGCUCUGCAAAUGUAGCUUUAAUAUAUGUUCCUAUGUGGAAUUACUGAUGUGUGAGAUAACCAACUGUAGUAACAUUUCAUAUCAUUAGUAAGGUUGUCUUUCUUAAUACUAUGUGUAUUUGUUUAACAUCAGUUUGUCAGGUCAUCAAAUUAGCAUGUGUACUUUGUUUACAUUCCAUUUUUCAGGUUAAGUGUGGUAGUACAUGGAAAAAGGCAUGUGUUUUUACUUGAUAGUAUGUACAGGCUUGAUGUGUGCUGGGCAAUUGGUAUUUCUGUUGUAACUCUUGGUUUGUUGGAGGCUUGUCAGUCACCUUUAUUUAAGGUGAAUAGAAUUAAAUACUGGGGGUUACUGUCAGUGAUUUUGUGAAUAAAGCUGUAAUAAAUUCAUUGGCCAAAGUGGUAAAUCACUGGUAGGUUAACAAUGCACAAGUUUAUACGUUAUGUUAACAUCACAAAUAAAUUAAAAACUACAUUUUA